CCUGCUUCAUACUCUGCUUCUCCAUGCUUCCUACAAAGGCUAUGCUUGUAGCAGUUCAGCUGUGAAAAGCAAUGAAUGGAGAUAUUUUUUUGCCUACUCCUUCAAAUAUAAUUACCUAAUAGAAGUAUAUAGAAUUUUUUGGGGGGAUGAGCCUCAGGCCUGUUGGCAAGGUGUUCACUAUUAGGCUCAAAUCCAUUUCAGUUCCACAUGAAAAAGGAAAAAUCCUGUAGUAUUUUUUUUUCUGCCACUUUUUCCCAAUUACCUAUUCAUUCUGCUGGCUCCACUUGAAUGCAAAAUUGUCGUCUGAGUGAAACUACAAGAGAAGAAUAAGAGGCUCCUGAGAAUAUGUUGCAUUCAAGAGCUUUCUUACUAUUGGAAAGAGAGUUUGUGGACUUCAAGCAAGCAAAUAUAUUUGGCAUUUCUGUUAUGCCUGUGGAGGACAAUUGGAUGGAAUGGAUAGCUGAAAUUGGAGGGCUGAAGGAUACCUUAUGGGAAGGUGCUGAGCUUCAGCUGUCACUGAAAUAUUGUGCAAACUACAAUGCCGUGCCUCCAACUAUCACCUUCACCACUAUUCCUUUCCACCCCAAUGUGGAUCCAGAAUCUGGGAGACCUUGUGUGGAUUUUCUAGAUAAUCUUAACAAAUGGAACACUAACUUCACAAUGACUUCUAUUCUACUUACUAUCCAGGUUUUGUUGUCUAAUCCUGUUCUGAACAAUGCCGUGAACCUGGAGGCAGCUCAAAUGCUGAGGAAAAAUUAUCGCCUAUACAGAGAAAAAGUUGUACAGUGUGUCACAAAUAGCAAGCAACUUGAAGCUAUUGCCAAAGAUUGGGAUACAACUUCAAUCAAGUUUUAUGAAAAAUCAAAAGAACCGAGCUCGCACAGAAAGGCAACAGCGAUCUCAUAUGAAGAAUAUUAUAUAACAUGGUUUAAAAUUGCCACAUCAAGACCUGCUGAAGAUUUUAAACAACCAGUGUUUGAAGAUCCGGAGUAUAUAGGAAACCGUUACAACUGGAUGGCAGAGAAUGUGAACAGAGGCUACUGGGAUGAAAAUUUACAUAACGUUUUUGUCUCUGAUUGCAUUGAAAAGCAGAAGAAACAGCUGAUGUUAGAAAACUGGACAGGUCAAUGCAUUAUCCCAAGCCCACCUCCAGGAGCAUCUAGAUCUUCAAAAAGGUCUUCCAUAGGAUCUAAGAAGAUGGACAAAAGCAAAAAUGAAGAAAAAUGGGAGGACGAAGUCGAAGGUCUUGUUCUGUGGUCUACAAAACUUGACCAAGAAAAAUUAAAUUAAACAACAGUCUUUACUUCUAUUACUCUUUUUAAAAGUACUUAUUUGUUGAUAUUCAGACAUUGGCUGGGAAAACCCAUGCAGUUCAGAUAGAAUCUGACUGUUACCAUGUUUGCAUUGCAAAAUGCCUUUGACGGCCUGAAUUACAGCUCCCAGAAUACCCUGUUUAUAAAAAAGUCCAAAUGCAAGCAAGCCCUUGGACAUUUAUUCUACUGUUAAACCUGAGGUGAUUUUAUCAAAUGGACAGAAAUUCAUUUACGUUUUACACAAGCUAAUGUUAUUCAUGGCAGGGUAGAUAGUGUAAACUGCUUUCCAAAGUGUGAAGUAACUGUAGAGUUACAUCAUCUACUGACAAAACAAUUCUGACGAUAUAGCAGAGAAGCAUAGAGCGAAUAAAACAGAAGGGUUUUUUGAAAGUCACAAAAGCUUCAAAAAAAAAAAAAAACCUGCGUUCUCAGUCGGGCUUCCAGGAGCACAAGUCUCUCAUCAUUAUUAUGGGAGGGAAUUCCAGAAGCGCAAGGUACAAAAGAAUGGAUAACAGAAAACAAGAUAUGUUGGCUUCAUGUGCAAAAGUCACAUCGCAUCACAACUUUUCUUUUUUAGUUAAUGAAAUGCAAUAUCACUGAUGCAAAUUGGCAAGAAUGUCAUUUCCGCACCAAUAUUCCAGGGAAUCUGGCUAUUCCACGUCAGCGUUAAUCAGCGCCCAGCUCUAUGAGCAGUAAGUUUGAGUUCUUUUUCAAUUCUUGUCUCCUUUCCUCUGCCUUCUGUGGGAAGCUUCUUUCUUCCAGCCCAUUCUGUGCAAAACCAAAUACGAAUGGGCUUUGAUCUAAUCCAGAUUGCUGGAAACAACUGUACCAUAAUUACAUAAUUUCAAAGUGACUGUGUGUAUCUUCCUGCUCUUUAAACUACUUGGACAGUUCCGUUGAGUGCGGCAAGCCAACAGUUAAAUAUUUUGAAGGAGAUGAUUAUCAGAGUUCUGUCAAUUCCAAGUUAAGAAAAGACCUCAAGAGCUGUUAAUCAUAAACUGGUUUUACACACAAAGAGGCCUAUGAGCAGAACCAGGCUUUUCCGUUUUGAACGAAUAUUUUUAUAGGCUCUAUUUUAUUGCAGGCUCUUUUUAUGAGUCCUAGGAUCAAAAGGGUCCACAGACAGUAUUGGAUGUGGGAGGAACAAAGUGUCAAGCUGAACAAAGCUCCAUAUGCACAUAUGGGAUCACUCAGAAAACAUAUUCUUUAUUUUAAAAGUACUUCAACUGAACACUGUACAGGCAAGCAGCAAGUUUGUUAAAUGAAACUAACAACACAAUCUAUUGGGGAUGCUAAUACCGGGAAAAAAAAUUGGGCAAAUGCUAUGAACUAAUCUGGGCUUUCACUGAUUUCAAAACAUGUUGCCUCUCUAACUGAUGAAGCUUCAUGCUAAAAUUGACAAACUAAUCUUGGGCAAAAUUAGCUGAGAUGCAUGCAUAAACCAGCCAGUGCUAGUUUUGCACAGAAUUAAACUGCAAAUGGGAUUGUUGUUGUUUUAUUUUGUCCAGUUGGUUUUGAAUUGUAUUUUUUUGUUGAAUCGCACUUUUUCCCCCUAAGGAAGAAUGUAGUGAUGCUAACCUUUUUUAAUAUGAGAAAAUGUUUCUUAAUUCACAGCUGCUGCUAUGGUAAUAGAGUAGGGGUCUUCAAACUUGGCCCUUUUAUGACUUGUGGACUUCAACUCCUAGAAUUUCUCAACCAGGCAUGUUGGCUGAGGAAUUCUGGGACUUGAAGUCCAUAAGUCAUAAAAGGGCCAAGUUUGAAGAUCCCUGUAAUAGAGCAAUGCUGCUAGUGCUGUUUGAAAACAAGAAGAGGAUGAGUUACAUCCAACAUUAUACUAAUAGACCUCUGGAGUGCUUGGUGCUCUCUGAGUUUCCUUGUUUGCAGACAUUUCAUUGCCUGACUAGGUAACAUCAUGACAGUUCAACCCUGAGCUUCCUAUAUUCUCUUUUAAUAGACAUCUGCUACUCCUACCCGCAUGAGGCGACUUUCUGAAGCCAGUUGGGGAAGUUGGUGAGUAGGAUGCAGGAUAAAUCAUCUUCAUCACCACAGCCACCAUUAUCUGUUCCCAUGACAAAUGUUAAUCCAGCAGCAGAUGGACACCGCUCACUCAUAGUCUGGAACCCUCUUAUUUUUCUGACCCAUAUGAGAAACUUCUGGCUGUAUUCACUCCAAGGCAAGCAUAUUAACCUGUCUUACCAACCUCAAGUUCUGCUAAAGGACACAUAGUUUUUUUUUUUUUUUGCUUUAUAUUUUGUAGGAAGCAACAUUUUAAGCUUCUAUAAAGGUAGAAGUAACUUUUCUCUGCAUCUAACAAAAAUGGCUGCUGACCAAACCAGUCCCUAUUUUAAAGUAACAAAACAAACGUAUAUGCACAUGAAUGCAAAACUGGAUAUCUUUAUGGCUAAAUAAUACUCAGAAACAAUUGCCUAUGUAAAUUGAUGAAAUCUACUCAUAAUGUCCUUGAUUUUGUUGCUUCAUUUUAUUUAGCGUGACUUUGAUUUCAGCAAGUACUCUUCAGCUUUGUGUCCUGUAGAGGGCGCUAUUUCACUGCUAUAUUCACAUUUUAGCUCUGGUUUAAUGAAUAGAUUUAAAGUGGCUAUUCUGAGCACUUUCCAGCUGUUCCUUAUCUAUGCAGAUUAAAAUAAAAAGCCAGCCAUUAUUGAUGGAACAGACUAAACUCUGGGUAUGAGAAUGUGUUGCUGAGCAUGAAGGUAUGAGAAACGGCACUUUUUUUUAAUGAAAAUAUCUGAAGAAGCAUAUGUUAUUUAAAGUGUUGUUAUCUAAAAUUCCUGGGAACAAUAUAAUAUAUAUUUACACAUAUGUAUAUACAGUACACGUAUAAGCACUGCUAUUAUAUGAAAUGACUUUUAAUAAAAUUUUAAGAAAAUUUAAUACAGAUGUGUAGUUUACUAGUGUUCACAGAGGAAGUACUUAGUUUUAAAAGCAUAGUGGCAUUAUUUUCCUCUAAAGCUGAUCCUCCAUUAAAGUCAGUGUAAAAC